AUGCCCUACUACGGGGCGAAGCUGGACACAGCAAUCCCUGAAAAUGUAACCAUCUGGUCGUGGCUGUUUGAAACCUCACAUACACCGCCGGGGGUCAAGCCAACGGGAGGUUUCCGUGACGCAUCGACCGACCAGUUCCUGUCCUUUGACGACAUCCGACGCCUCGCAACUCGCUUUUCGACCAUCCUGUACCACAAAUACGGUCUGCGCGCUGGAGAUGGCGUCUGUGUGUUUGCCUCCAACACGAUAUGGUACCCCGUCGCAAUGUUCGCGGCGGUGCGGCUCGGCGUGGUGUUCACGGGUUCGUCGCCGGAAUAUGGUGCGGAAGAGGCCGGCUACAUCAUGAAGGCCUCGAGGGCAAAGCUGGUAUUUGCGGACCAAGGUUCGCUCAAGGCGGUCUCGCAGGUGUUUGACAAGGACCGGAUCGUCCUUUUGGAACCUGCCCACGCAUCUGGCCCUUUGCCUACGGUCAAGAGGCUCCUCGAUGAAGUAGACACUGCCAGAGCUCCAACGCCUUUCACGCUUCCCGCAGGAAAGACAAACGGCCAGGUCUGCGCGUACUUGAGUUUCACCUCGGGCACGACGAAUCGGCCAAAGGGCGUCAUGAUAUCUCACAAGAAUGUGAUCGCUCAGAUCAUGCAAAUGCGAUCUCUCGGCCGCAAGGAUCUGCCCAGGGUUUUGCUAGGAGUUCUGCCGCUGUUUCACAUUACCGGGCUCGUUCAGAUCCUGCAACUGCCAAUCGUCAUCGACCAAGAAGUCGUUUUGAUGCCAAAGUUUGAAAUGAAGGCCAUGAUGGACACGAUCGUCAAGUACAAAUGCGAUGAACUGUGGCUUGUACCACCUCUGCUCAUCAGGCUGGUCAACGACCCCGUCGCAGCUGGAUAUGACUUGCGUCUGGUCAAACAGUUCAACACUGGCGCUGCGCCGCUGGCCCAAGAGAUUGUCGACAAACUAGCGAAGCGUUUCCCGCACAUCGCAAUACGGCAGGCAUGGGGAAUGACCGAGAGCACAAGUGCUCUGACUCUGACACCACCGCCGCUACAAACCUAUGAGAAUGCUCAUACCGUCGGUGCCGUCGUCCCGGAGACGGUGCUCAAGAUUGUGGAUCCCGAGACUGGAAAGGAAGUCAAAGAGGGCGAGAGCGGAGAGAUCUGGGGAAAAGGCCCUCAGGUAACGAUGGGUUAUCUUGACAAUCCGACCGCCACGGCAGAGACAUAUGACCAGGAAGGAUUUCUCCACACGGGUGACAUUGGCUGCAUGCUCCCGAACGGACUGAUUCUGGUCCAGGACAGGCUCAAAGAGAUGAUCAAGGUCAAAGGUGUGGGCGUCGCUCCCGCCGAACUGGAAGAUCUCCUGCUCGGCCACCCGCUGGUCGUGGACGCCGCCGUCAUCGGUAUUCCCGACCCGUACUCGCAAGAGCUGCCAAAGGCCUUUGUCGUGCUGAGUCCCAAGGCCAAACCUGACGCCCAGACGGCGCGAGAACUGCAGGACUUUGUGCGCCAACGGAAGAGCAGGAGCAAGUGGCUCGGCGGUGGUGUGGAGUUUGUCGACCAGAUCCCCAAGAGCGCUUCGGGCAAGAUCCUGCGGCGAAUGCUGCGCGAUCGUGAAAGGGCUCGCUUGGAGGCAUCCAAGGCCAAAAGCCGGCUGUAG